UAGCGCCAAAAAAAAUCGUACAAAUAUGAAAUAACUUUCAUUAUAUGCUAUCUUACGUCCUCUUUUCAGAACCGCCUGCGGAGAUAAAAAAUUCCAAUUACUUUUGGAGAUAUCGAAUUUUUUAAUAUUCAUUUUUUGGCGAUUUUUUUAAAAAAAAAUUUUAAAAAUCCGAAAAUACCUUUAUUCUGUGCUCUUUAACUUCCUCUUUUCAUUAAACCCGGCGGAGAUCAGAAAUUCCAAAUACUUUAGGAGAUAUGGAAUUUUUUAAUUUUCAUGAUGUGCACUGAUGCGGCGUUCAGCGGGAAGCCUACGAUUCACACAUCCUUCUGGACAUACCCGAAUACUCACGUUGGCAAGCCUUCUUUUCUUAAAAUUAGCAAGAAGUAAUUAAAAAUACUUUAAAACACUGUGGAUGGUUGGUUAUAUUAGGUAAGUAUAGCUACAUUAAAAAAACUGUAAAAUCAUUUUAUGGUUGCUUAGCAAAUAACUUUUCAAUAUGUAGCUAUCCAGCGCUAGGAAACCGUUUACAUGAUUUCACAGUAUUUUUAAUGUAGCUAUCCUAACCAAAUCAACCAUCCACAAUGUUUUAAAGUAUUUAUAAUGUAGCUAACAUAACCUAAUUGACCAUUAGUUUUCAUGAGUUGCAUAUUUAUUUACAAUAAACAAAAAAAAAACUUAAGAUGCACGAUCGGGCGUUUGCCUCUCGUCUGUUGAAAGAAGGCUUGCCAACGUGAGUAUUCGGGUAUGUCCAGAAGGAUGAGUGAAUCGUAGGCUUCCCGCGUUUUCACCAUUGUUGCUUGUUUACAAGUAUGAUUUUUUUUUUUCCCGCGACGUAGUUGAACGACUACAUCACGUAAAAAGAAAAUUACAUCGAGACGUCAGGAGUCGACCGUGCUUCGCCUGCCACUGCAGGUUGGUGAUGGAUGUGCCUGUGAACUCGCUCUCCGGCGGCAAGGGUCCUCCAGGGGGCGGAGGGGCCAACAACAACCCGGUGGCCUCGGGCUCGGGUCCGGGGCUGGCCAAGACCCAGACGCCUCGCAGCAGCACGGAGGACCUCAGCGAGUACACCGAUGCUGACGAGUCCGUCUCCUCGGCCCCGACCGAGUUCUUGGCGGAGUUUCUGUCUGCUCUCAUGAUGAAAGACUAUGAAAAUGCACUGAAAUACUGCAAGCUCAUACUUCAGUACGAGCCACAUAAUGUGACAGCCAAGGAGUUUUACCCCCUGAUACAGGAAAAAAUAAAGCUCUUGGAGGAGGCCCAGGAGACGUCGAGCAGCCGCGAGGACAGCAACGGGAACGACUCCAGCGACGGGGAGGAGAAACGCAGCUCGGGUUCCGACUCGGAGGCUACCACAGCCAGCUACUCGAGUCUGGAGGAUGAGGAGGCGGACGACAACGCCCCGCCCAGCCUCGGGUUGGACCCCAACGGCAACAGCGGCGUCCCAGCGACGGCGAAGAGCGCGAUGGCGGCCGGGGACUCGAAGGGCGCGGUGUUCCAGAGCACCAGCUCCGACUCGGAGUCCCCCACCGAGCCCAUCACCCAGCCGCUGACCGAGCCCCUGGCUGCCCGGCAGACUGCUAAGCCAAUGCUACUGGAAGUUAUACUGUAUUUUACCCAUACAAGACUGGCUUUUUUGUGCAAAUGACUGGUGAGUGUCUUCUACAUUACAUUAAUUUAUAAUUUUUUUUUAUCUUUGCAGUCCCUUUAUUAUUACAACAAAGUGUUAGUACAUUAUAAAUUUAUAAUUGAUGUAUUUUUUUACAUCACUUUAUCAGAAUGUUAGCUUGACCUGACAUAUCCAGUUUUCAAAAUAAUGCAAUGUAAAACAAUUUGUGUUCAUUAAUUUUAGCUUAGUCAUCCAAACAAAUAACUACAUGGCAUAAGUAAAUGUUAACUUAUACUGUAACACAUAAUCAGUGUUUUAAUGGCAGUGUUUCUUGAUGUGUAACGUGUUUAUCAUUGUGGUUGCCUACUUCUCGCCAUGUAUAACAACUACCCAAUUUGACAAUGUAUAAUCACUGUGUACAACGAGCACAUUUGUAAAGAUAGGUAGCUGCAGUUGUAAACUAGCAUAUUACUUGAGCCUAACACAUUGUAGUGUUGUAGUCUGACACUUGUAAGAAUUGUUAUUGUAACUUUGUGGACCAGAAAUACUAACAUUAUUUUUAAGAACCUUUUCAACAAGUGGUGUUAAAUGUUAACAGAAAAGAAAAUGUUAGUGAUUAGAAAUGUUGAAUGUAUGUUUUUUAAGCAUUUCAUUUUUAUCUUCUGGACAGUUUAGUUUUAAAUUGUAAAGAUUAAAUUUAUUUCUCCAUUGAAUGUAAAAAAAAAAUUCUAAACUUUGCUGUCAAAUGAGUGUUAGAAUUCUGAAUUUUAUUUGUGUUUCUGUGGUUAAUUUGCUAAAGUAUCAUGUAAGAAUUUUGAGCGAUUCAGAUCACGUUACAAGUGUGCCAUUUUAAUGUGCCUGAAGUUCAGAGAGAAAUCCUGCUUAGCUGUUGAAGUGAAGUGUUGAGAUGAUGUGGAGACAUCCUGCCAAACAUGGCUGCCAUUCAUGUUUCGUAACACCUGCCAAAGCCCUGUUGCGUGGGUUUGUAGCUUAACAGAAUGCUAUUUUUGUGAUAGUUUGUAGGUCUGCGUUUUAUGAAAUACCUUUGAAAUGCUUUGCUCGUAUGGUUUGCGUGGAAAUGUUUGGAACCCUGCCAGCAAAUGUAUUACGUAUUACCACAAGCAAGUGAUCUUGGAGACUGCGAGUUGCAGGAUUUGAGUCACUUCCCACUACACCAAAGCAAGUUGUGAAUGAAAAACCUCCACGGGUGCUAACUUAUUGCCAUUUUGUGACUUCCAUUAAAAGGCGACAAUGAAGAGUAUGUGCCACAUGGGGUAACAUUAUAGAAUACUACAUUUAAACUACAGAUGUUAUGUUCUAGGUGCAGAAGAAUACUAUUUUCUCGUUGGGGUCGUGUUUUGGCUUUGCACCAGCCACUGAACUCUGAAUGCUACAGCAAAAUCAUAGUUUGGGAGUCCGUUCUGUAAGAAUCAAGAAUAGUUUGAGUUCUUGGGUUGGCAUUUAUAUUCAUGACUCAUGAGACAAAUACAGUGAGCAUAAUUAAAACAAUUUUAUUUCUCAUUAUUCUGCUUCUAGUUUCUAACCUUUUCUGGCUUGAUGGAACUACUAGUUUGUUGCUUUGUAAAGAUUAUAUAUACGGUACAUAUGACAAAAAAAAAUUAAUUAAGUUUAUAACGUAAUAAAUUUCAAACAGUGUAUAAUUGUAUAGUGCAUACCAGCUAAUAAGUGCACUGUUGAAUUCAGUUUUUUUCAUCUUUCAAUUUUUUUUUUACAAUGAAAAGUUGUGCCAGCAAAAUUUUUGUAGUGCUUAAGAAAAGUUUUUAUAUACCAUUUUAAUCUAACUUGACAGCUUAAGAAGUGCUUUUCUAAGUAUACUCUGGGACAAAAUCAUGAAUUACAAUAAGAGCUUAGAGAAUAUCUGUUCCUUGGUUUCCUUAGGGGGGUGGAAGGGGGAUUAUUGUUAUUCUCCUCCGGCUAUGCCCACACACAUACUGCAAAUGACUGAGUUUGGUCCUGGCAGCUGUUGGCAGUUAUUGGAAAAUGCUGAAAAUGCUCUAAGUCUAUUUUCCACCAGCAUAUUUUCCAAGAUAUUUUAUUUCUUCCAUUUAUAACUUGAAGCUCUGGAAAGGGGGGGGGGGGGGUGAGAGAAUGUAAAUUGAAUUGUUGUAAAGUAUCAUGAAGAAAUUAAGAGAUUUUUCAAUCAUUCGGCGAUAAGUUUGGCGACGUCGCCAGUGAAUUUCUUUUUUCCUUGUAGGAUUGAGGGUCAAAUCAUGUUUGUUCCUAGGAUAUCAAAUGAUAAAUGUAUUGAGGAAAUGACUUUCAUACUUUGCCAUCUAGAUAACAGUGUUGAUUCUCUGCAAUUUCUUAUCUCUUACUAAUUUUUGCCAAGUACUUCAGCCAAUAAUUUGUGAAUGACUAAAGAUGUUGUGAAGAAUAAACAACUUCAUCAAACUACAAGUGUAAUCUUGGGGGGGUGGAUAGGGAGGGGGGAAGCUUUGAAAUGCAGCAGGGUAGUAACACACAAUUUGUUUUCCAACAAACAAAAAAUCUUGGGUGUUUUCCUUAAAUCUCUGUCCUUUGCAUUUUAAUGUACAUGCUUCCUCUUCACAAUUUACUCGCAGAGUUUCCUUCAUUGUUGUGUCGGAGCUGGGUCAUAGUAACGUGGAUGCUAUUAAUGAGCUGAUUUAAUAUUGAAUUGGGAUAACCUUUUGGUGCUUAAAAUGUUUGGAAUUCUUCAUCAAUGGCAUAUCAUCACUUUCCAUGCCUAUGUACAUAUCGUAUAUUAAUGGUUCCACUUCAUUAGGAAGAGAAUGUAAAGCUGUGGCUGGCUGUUAUGCUUUUUAUGAAUUGAUUAUAAUCAAAAGUUCAAUUAUGGACCAAUCUACAUUUCUUGCUGAAGAAAUUCAACAUGUACGUGGUCAUAGCAUGCAAUCUCUCUUAAACAAGUGUUGGCUUUGAAAUUAUGUAACAGUUAAAACAGAAUAACAUACCGUAGUUUCCAGCAUGUAAAAAAACAAGGUCAGCUCUUCAGAAAAGAUAAUCGUAAAAUAAAUUACUUGAUAUAAAAUGUGACGCCACUAACUUUUGAGCAUGGGAUUAACACGACUGGGCUUAUCCACUUGGAAUCAAAAAAAAAUGUUAGGUAGAUUUUUAUGAAUAAAUUACCAGAGCCUAUAGAAAAAUCCGGUUUUGUUUUGCCCUUUCUCGGGUAAGUAUUUAGGCCGCGAUAGAUAGAAUAUUCUCGCCCUGCUUGGAUGUGAGAGAAAGGGGCGGUAGAAUAUUCUCGCCCUGCUUGGAUGUGAGAGAAAGGGGCGGUGUCUGCAUGUUGUCGACCUGCAGUAUUUGUUUUUAAAUUCUGCAACUUGGGAUUGUCUCAUAAAACAAAGCAUGGCAGAUAUGAACACUACUGGUGGUUCUGAGAGUGGAUACAGCGGUAUAUAACAGGUUAAACUUAGUCAUUCUUUUGCCUAAAUUUAUGUCUUCCCAUUGUCCCUGGAUCUUCAUCAGAAGUACUGCCGUGUGUGCGGACUCAAUUCAAAAGUGACUUAUGACAGUCACUUAAGAUUGACCUGUCAUAAAAUGAGUGGUAGCUUUAAGCUCAACAAACUGGCAUAGAAUUCUUGUCUUAUAUGCUGGAGAAUAUGGUGGUAUAAUAUAUGCUGGUUGCACAAGUUUUUAUCCAAAUGAGAUAUUAUAAAAUACUUUUAAAAAAAAUAUGUUUCCUGUAUGGUAUUUCAAUGCUGAAACUUGAAAUUUUACAUUUUUCUUUAAAGAUUUAAUUUUAUUAUUUAUUUGUUGUGACAUACAUGGAAUAUGAUUAGUUCAGCAGUCUUAACAAUAGUUUUACAUUGUAAUUUUUUUUACAACCAGCUUACACCUAAUACAUAUGCAUGUAACUUAGUCAAUGUUCAAAGUAUGUAAUUUAUAGGUAGGACAGAUUUAAUGGGUUGUAGAACUGCACAUGGUUUUGAUACUGCUUCAUUCUGUUAAAGGGUAAACUUGUGUGUGCAUGCAUAUGUAUGCUUAUCACAUUAAUGAAAUGUGUAUUAGAAUAUAUAUAUGCAUACCUUUUCAACUAUGGAAAGGUACAUCUAGAAGUAAGUGUCUAGUAAUGAAAUAGUAGCCCUUGUGAAAUUAAACAUAUGUACAAUUUUGUAGUAAAUCAUUAACUUUCAUAAACUGAAUAUCUGUGCCAAUGUGUAACUCAUUGUGAUAUUUUAUAAUCAUAAAAUAGCCUUUAUGUGUUAUAGGUAAAAAAAAAUACACAUAUUUUAGUCAUUUUUGAAAAUCGCUUUGAGUUCUCAGUUUUAAACUGUAUAAUAGUGUAGUGUAAUAUUUUUUUAAUGUCAUCAUUAUGUCUACAAUCUUUCAUCAUUUUAAAUAAAUGUACUACUGCAAGAGAGUAUUUUGUAAUCUGGAUAUUAAUAUUUUUAAUGUAUCUUGUUAACUAUCAUGCGUCCUUGAAAAUAAAUCUGUACAAAUGCAGUCAGUUUUUUUUUUAAUUUACUGCCAACUCUGCAGAUAAAAAGUGGCACUGUUUAAAAUAAGAGCUAAACAGGUUAGUGUCAACUUUCAUUCGUUUGCAAAUUGCCAUUUCAUCACAUCGUGUAUGCGGCCAGCAUAACGCCGCCAACUUGGGCAAACACACUGGCGUCCUAGAGUCGAGAAUUAAUUCAGUGGAGGGUUUGGAACAAGCAGCUGCAACUAAUAGCUAGGGGUUGGAUGGUUUUAAUUUAAUUUUAAUAAAUGUUGUUUUACCAUAACUAAAGUGUAUUAUUCAACAAAUAUGAUUUUUAAAUAUUCCUUAACAGAAAACUUACUUCCCAAAACUAAUGUAAUUUUAACUGUGGUACAUGAC